ACUGUAAGCAUUCUGAUUUGAAAUGUCAGAGCCAUGCCAGCUAUCCAGCACGUUGCUCUGAAGUCGAUCCAGAUUUGACAGCGCUUAAUGAACCUAUCAUUCAGAGCCGCUGAGACGGGGCUGCCACCGCUGUGUUGGCCCCACUAGUGAGCAUUUAGCACCGGGAUUUAAAAAAAAAAAAAAAAAAAAAAAAAGGGCCCCUCCCUCCUCAAUACUGGUGUUAUUGAUCAGCUGAGGGAAAGAAGCAGGCCGAUAAGUGGAUCAGAUUUAUUAGCGUUCCAGAUUGGCUGCAUCUUGCCAGAAGUCAGAGGAGCUACAGUCUGCAGGGCUGCACACCGAGCAGGUCACUAAGAGGAGCGCGAGCCUGCGUGUCCACAAGUGCGGCAUCAUCUCAAGUGGAAGGGGAAGUUAAACCUGCACGAUGGAGCUGGUCAAACUUGCAGUGUCCUUGCACAUUUUUCUGUGUCCUGCGUGGGCUCUACCCCGUCACUCCUACAUGGACAGCAUCCUGUCAACACACUCAGUUCUCGGCUUGCUGGAUGAGCCGUUGAGGUUUGACCCCUGCUGCCUCAUGUCACCCCCUCCGCCACCACUCUUCCCUCCGCCGCCUCAGCUGUGGAAGCGGGGCAUCCCCGAUGGUAUAAGCAUCUUAGAGCCAAGUGUUUCUGGAGAAAGAAUACCAGAAAAACAAAAACCUGAGACACCUGGGUGUUCACCUGGACCUCCAGGACCUCCAGGACCCGAGGGGCCUGAGGGUCAAAGCGGAUUACCAGGCAUUAGAGGACCAAAGGGGGAGAAGGGAGAAAUUGGACGUCCCGGGUUGAAGGGUCGUACUGGGGCUCCAGGCCUCCCGGGGAAACCAGGUCUACAAGGAUGGCCUGGUCCAGAGGGACCUAAGGGUGAAAAGGGGGAUCCAGGACUCAUGGGAUUACCAGGACUGAGGGGACCACCUGGAACAAAAGGUUUGCCUGGUUACAAAGGAGAUAAGGGGACUCGUGGAGACCCUGGAGCAGCAGGACCAAAGGGCGAUAAGGGCUCCAUUGGUUUGCCUGGGAUGCUUGGACAGAAGGGUGAACAGGGACCAAAGGGAGAGCCAGGAAACUCAGGGAAGAGAGGACCCUCUGGACGGCCUGGGAAGAGAGGCAAGCAGGGCAUGAAAGGCCACAGUGGAACACCAGGAGUUAUGGGACCCCCAGGACCCGCUGGUCCGAACGGACAUCCCGGGCCACCUGGUCCACCUGCCUCAGGUCUAUAUCUAGUGGGGGAAAAGGGAGAGAAGGGUCUUCCAGGUCCAGCAGGUCGUUGUGACUGUGAUUCUACCCAUGGUGCUAACAAUGCUCCUUUUGGAAGCUACACACAGCGGACUGAUCCUAACAAAGUCCCUGCAAUAUUUGUUGUAAACAGUGAGGAGGAGAUGGAAAAUCAACAACUGGACAAUGCAAUAGCAUUCAGGAAAGAUCAGAAGAUGCUCUACUUCAAAGAUAAAGAUGGAUGGAAGCCCAUUCAGCCCUUCCAGCCGUUCCAGUCCACAGAGAAAGUCCCGGACAGAGUUGGUGUGUGUGGGGAUGGAAAGGUGCAGCCUCAGCACGGAGAGGAGUGUGAUGAUGGAAACCAGAUCAUCACUGAUGCUUGUCUCAACUGUAAGUGGGCCUACUGUGGAGACGGAUACCGACAUGAAGGCAUGGAGGAGUGUGAUGGAAAGGACUUUGGUUAUCAGACCUGUAAAUCCUAUCUUCCUGGGUCCUUUGGGCAGCUCAGAUGCACAGACUCUUGCCUCAUUGAUUCCACUGGUUGCAAGUACUUCACCUGAACUGAAAAGUG